AAUGCCGGAGUUAGUUUAUUCUGAAUACUUCAAGUGAUCACAAGUGCAACACGCUAAAAAAGAUAAAUCUCUUAAAAAAAAAUAUCCACGAAAAACAAUAAAAAAAAACAACAAACCAACUCAAAAUAUUCCAUUAAGUGUUUUAUUUUUAAAAUCUUUAAAACAUCUUUAGCGAAUUGGCUAUUUUUAGUUAAUGAUUUGAGUGUUUCUGCUGUGUGUGGCGGACUUAAACGAAACAAUUAAAACUUGGUAAAUGCAAUAAUUUUGCAUUAAUUUUCAUCUUCAUUAUUGCAGUUUGAAAAACCGAAAAAAAAAAUAUCAAAAACAACAGGCAUUAGCAAAAGAGUUCUACUUGAGUGCUUCUACACAGACCAUUAAAACGUCGCCGCUGACCACGCAAAUAGUGAAAAUUAAUUUUAGUUUCACUAACGUUGUUUGUUGUGCCUGCUGCCAUUCAUAGCAAUUGGUGAUACAAAAGUAUUCAUUGCAAAAGAUUUUAAUCUUCAUACUAAACACCACUGGUAAGCCAGUGUGAGCAUUUCUUGCUGUUCCAUCAACAGCCUGAAAAUGAAGUUUCCAACCGCUUCGUUAAUACAAUUCUUAGUUAUAAUUGCGUUGAGUUCUACGCAUGAGGAACAAGUGGAAGCUGCUGUGGGUUUAUAUGGUCCCGAUAGAUAUGAAGGUCUACCUGAAAUCUGUUUGAUGCCCAUGGAUUUUGGUUAUUGUCGUGCCAAGGUACAACGUUAUUACUUCGAUAUAAGACGUAUGAAAUGUACCAUGUUCUUUUGGGGUGGCUGUGCCGGUAAUGAUAACAAUUUUAAGUCCAUGGAAGAGUGUAAUAAUUUCUGCAAUUCUCCCUAUGAGGAUCAUGUCCAUAAUGAGGUAGUGGCUGUGAAAAAGGAACGCACCGAAAGCCGAGUAGAGAGUAGAGGAAGUGGUAAUACAAAAUAUAAUACUUUAAAUAGCAGAGAUGGCGCCGGUAGAGAUAGUGCUCCCAAAUCGGUGCCUAAAUUUUCCUUAAAACCAAAUGUCACUUCAAAGGAAACCGGUUAUAAGGGUUCCUUCAAGGCCAGUUCUAAAAGCUUUAAUAUAAAUCCAGCACCAAAACCCAGCAGUAAUAAUAACAACAAUAACAGUAACAGUAACAUCGAUCCUUUAGAUGCUAUUGAUGAUGAAGAUUAUGAUGAUUAAGAGGAGCAUUAGUACUCGCAAGUAUUUGUGAGAAUCAAUUGAUUUAUAUACAUAUAUUUAUUAAUUAAAUUUAUUUUUUGUACAAUGUAAUUUAAUAAAUUAUAUUUAAAAUAAAAAGAGUUAUGUUA